UUCUAUGGCGGACCAAAGCAUGUAAAAAGUUGAGGUUAUUUACAAAUUGUAUUCAGAAAAUUUAUGUGUUUAACCUUCGUUUCUUCCUGAAAUAAUCGUACGAUAUAACUCUCUGAGAUCUGCAAGGAAUUUUGGGUGUAUUUCGUCCUAAUCGAGCAGUUUUUUCCCCGUGGGAUAUGUCUGGAAGUCGUUCAGGAAAGAGCAUUCUCUUUGAGUAUUGCCAAAAACGUAAAAUUGGUCCGCCAUAUUUUGAAACCUGGGCAGCUCCGAAUGGUUAUCAGGCAAAAGCAGUAAUAGAUGGAUAUCCUUAUCCGACUAGUGCUGUCUUUUCUAAAAAGAAGGAAGCUGAGCAUGAUGCUUCGAGAGCUUGUCUUGCAAGCCUAGGAAUUUUUGAGGAUGAAACAGACAGUGGUGGAGGAUAUGGUGAGCAUGGCCCAGAUGUAGUCAUGGGCAACCAAGGUUAUCCUGGUGAGAACCAAGAUUAUCAGGAUAACCAAGGGUGCCCUGUGGACCAACGCUAUCCCAGUGUCCCAGGACAACUUGGAUCCAGUUUUUCAACGCCAAGUCCCAGAGGCUUCGGUCGGCCACCAAGAAGUGGUGGCCCAUCUGGUGGAAAUGUGAAAAUGCCAAAAAGUGUUCUUCAUGAAUACUGCCAAUCGCAGAAGAUAUCCCAACCCCAAUAUGAGACUGAGGCAAACUAUGAUGGUUGUGCAUUACUAGGGUUCCAUUGUGUCCUGUUUGUAAGAGAUGAGUAUUUCACCACAGAUCACCUGUUUAGUAACAAACGUGAUGCUGAACAUGCUGUUGCACAAAAGGCUUUGAAUGUUUUUGGGUAUUAUACAAGGUCCCCUUUGUAUAUGGAUAGCACACCCCCUCCAAAUCCAGCAGGAGCACCUUCAUACAAAACUCCUGAAAGUUCGUACAAAAAUCUUUUGCAAGAACAUCUACAACAACGAAGUAUUGAAACACCUUCCUAUGAAACACAGUUGACAGAUAGGGGAUAUAUCAGUAAAGUUUCAAUUGAGGGGAGAGUUUUCAAGGCCAAGGAAUGCUGUCAGACUAAGAAACAGGCAGAGCAAAGUGCUGCUAAAGCUGGACUCAUUGCAAUGGGUGUGAAGGACCCAGAAGCAGUCGCUAUGAAGUUGCUGAGAAAAAAUUCUCAUGGUCGAUAUAAGAACGCUGAAAAUGUGCCAUACAAGAAAGAUUUGCAUGAUCUUGAGCCUGAGCAGACAGAAACUGAUCAAGUGCAAGGGAAUACAUCAUGGAUUCACAAUCACAAACAGUCUGAAUUUGAUGUUGAUGAUUAUGAUGACAUGGAUGGGGAGUUUACUGAUUUUCAAAAGGCUGCACCAGUGAAACUAAAGCGGAAAUUAGAGGAAAGUGGCGAAGACGACGAGUUCUUUGGUACGCCAGAGCAACGUCCGCACAAGAUGCAGCGCGUGGGUGAGGUUUCAAUGAGCAACAGUCGCCCAUCGUCAGAGAGACGGUCAAGAAGACGAGGAGAAUAUGAAGUUGAGGAUGUCCAUCUUGGAAACUUAUCUGUCGGCGAGGCAUGGCCAGAACGAAGGAAUAUAGUCUUGGUUGGUAGCGAGGAGACUUCUAUACCUCUCUUUUGUCAAGGGAAUAUGGAAAGGUGUGCUCUGGAGGACCUGUCAGCUGGUACCCUAGUGGAUAUUGUACCUGGGCAUCGCCUGGUUGGUUUGGAAGGUUACUACGUAAUACGCGGAGGUCAGAUUGUACUUCGUGCAACACAAUGCCAGCAAAUUUUGAUGCCGGAAAAACCCGAUAAAGUAUUGAUCAGUUGUGGCGUCGUUGUGCUCCAUUGCAUUCCAAGACGCGAUGGAACGGAAACUAGAUGUGAUGUGAAUGUUUUACUCAAGCGCUAUCUCUGCAGCCAAGCCUUUAUAAACGUUGUUCGUGGUCUCGCGCAGUAUUUCCGCAAUAUGCAGGCAGACCGUCCUUUCAUUCUAAAGACAAGCUUGAUCAUUGCUCACAUUAAAGACUGGAUGCUGGAGGAGGUUAUGGCAAUAUCCUCGUUCUCCGAAACAGCGUUAGAAAACGUGUUUCAACACACAAUGAAGUUUGAUAAACGUUGGGUGAGAUUCUUAAGAGAGGACAAGAUGUCUAAGGAGUUAAGAGAAGUACAGAUCGCAGCUAAUAAAGAGUUAUUUCGACGUGCCAACAGUGGCGAAGAUCAGAAUCAAGAUCGGUUUCGACCUUGGAGGUUACCUAAAGGAAACUUUUACCAUCGCAUGCUUUCUACAGGCGUGUUCAUAGAAGGCCCAGCUGAAGCUGCGAUGCGAGAACUCAAAGAAGAGACUGGUAUAAAGCUGAAACUCUCUGAUAUAAGUUCAUCUCCGUUUAUCGAUCUGGCUCAAGCUGACAACAUAAAUCCACAUAAAGGCGACUUUUCUCGAUAUUACCUCUGUGGUAUUAUCACUGAACCUGAGAGUUAUGAAGACGAGGAUCCUCAAGAAACAGCUGCUGAGAGUCAGGAGACCUCAGGCAUGGAUUCAUCCACACCGAUCGUGAAGAAUCCUAUCUCUUGCACGGACCCAGGCUACCAGGACAGCAGUUUAAAUUAUUCGGGCAUGAAUUCUGCUCCUGUCAGAAUGGCCCCAGUUCUCACAGAUCUUGGUCCGACAGACCCAUCUCCCACAGGCCCAAGCCCCGUUAUCACGAAUACAACUUACGAUCAGGCGUAUUCAGCUAACGUCGACGCAUGCUCAGGCAAGCCGAGUUCAGGCUACCCUGGCCCGGGCUAUGCCAACGCUGAUGCAUAUUCUGGUUAUGGGAACACAAGCUCAAACUUUCCUGGUACGACAAACGCUAACACCGGUUCAAAUGCUACAGACACAAAUUCAGCGUAUGCAUAUACUGCUCAAGAAGGCGGUAAUCCAACAGACACGGGGACAUCUGAUACCAAAUCAUACACGUCGGGUUACACACCCACCAGCUCAAAUUACCCUGCUGCAUAUUCUGCUUAUGGGAGCUCUGAUUGCGGUGCUGCAGGGUCAGCUUACAGUAGCUCAGGUUCAACUUUUGGUAGUGCAUAUUCAGCCUACACUGAAGCAUAUUCAGCUUAUUCAACCUCAUCAAAUACUGGUUCAACGUCUUCUGGUGCAUAUUCUACUGACCAGGGCGUGGCUCCAAAUACUGGCGUUGGUUCAACUUCUGCUGGUGCAUAUCCUGCUAACCAGGGCGUGGCUUCGAACACUGGGGGUGGUUCAACCUCUACUGGUGCACAUUCGACCUACACGUCUAACAAUGAUAGAAACUCUACUCAACCCACUCUUUCUGGCACAUCCUCCACAAACUCCGGUACUAGUGAUUCAAGACAGCCUACAUCAAGUACCACGUACCAUGGUGCUUAUUCAGCAUACACGGACGCGUAUUUAGCGUAUGCUGCCGCGAAACCAUCUUCCACAAGCACGAACUCGUCCUUUACUAGCACGAACUCAUCUUCUACCAGCACGAACUCACCUUCGACCAACACGAGUUUCCCGAACACUACAAAUAAGACCCCAAUUGACCCUAAUCCACCUCCAACGCGCACGGAAUCAAUCUCAAAGAACACAGCUUCUGCACACGUGGAUACUUCUGAUACGAGUGAAAAUAAAGAAUCCAACUUGGUCAAAAACGAGAGAGAGGAAGAGACGACCGUUAUUCGAUCUCCGUUCGUGGCAGGUGCGGUUCACGAGGAAUGCAGGUGGUUUGACAUGGAGGAAGCCAGGGAGAUAUCCACGAUAUUUGAAGAAAUAUAUAAAAGCGCCGAAUUCCAAAAACUUUUAGCAAAACUAAAAGGAAUUGUGUCCGCAAUGUGACCUGGAAAUGCCCGGACAUCUUGGCGGGAAAAUGAAUAUGCAGCUGGUCUUCUUACCAGUUACCAAGAAUAGUUUUUUACUGGCUCGUAAUUUUACUGGUGUUGUGUAGUCGCAGCUAUCUUUCACAUAUCUUGCUAAGCAAAGUGAAAAUGUCGCGAUAUUUUUACGUUUUCACGUUCAGACAAGUGUUCGUACAUAGUGCAGAUCUUCGUUCUCCAGAAUAACUUGCGACAGAUUUUACUAAACAAAACGAUUUUUUACCAUCUGACAAUAGUCGGUUCGUGUUCACAGAAGACUUGUCACAAGUUCUGCGAUAAACUUCGUGUUGUGUUGCAAAAUGCAUUUCAUCCUUGAAACAGCUUAUGCAUUGACAACAUCAGUGCACUGUUAGAUGCAAGUUAAUUUGUAAAAAGACUAAAUUUGUAGUGUCUAUAAUAAGUAGUUCCAUAUUGAGUUCCAUACAGGUACUUUUUAGCCGCAAAGUUUUGUCUCUAUUAUUUUUCCGCCGAUCGGACUUUUAAUAAGUCAACGUCAACGAUAGUUUCUUCCUCAU